GCUAGCACGGCUGGUCGGAAGGAUGGGCCACCUAUUAAUUUAUUUUUGUCAUUUCAAAUAACAAAAACAUCGUUGGAACCGGGUCGGUGACUUCCGAACGCCAAAUCUCCAAUCACUUUCUGUCGGUCUGUCCGUCUUCUCGAAGGUACAUAUAGCGCGCGCCGUCCUUCAAUUUUCGUUCUCAUUUGCUGCCCAAUUGGUUUUGUUUCUUAAUCCCAUCUCCGAACCCAUCACUUUAAUUAAGUUUGUUUCUUUUAUUUUCCCUUCCAAAAAUCACGACAAACUGAAACAAAAACGAAAAGAAAAUCUUUUUACGGGGGGUUUGAUGUAAAAAUAAAACCGAUCAUGAUGCAAUCCGUGAAAUACUGGUUAUCAGAGCAUCCGUCGAUCGUGAACUUUCGUUGGAGCCACACCCAAUCGUUGGGUUCUACUUGGUCCUUCCUCUUCUCCUCCAUCGCCGUUUACGUCGUCACCGCCGUCACCCUACACGCCUUCCUCUCUCUCAUCCUCCAUAACCGCCGACGGGUUCCGCUCGGACCAAUCCCAGCCAUCCACAGCCUCUGCAUCUCCUUGAUAUCAGCUGUCAUUUUCGUUGGCAUCCUCGUCUCCGCGGCCUCCGAGAUUCGCGACACUCGCUGGUUCUGGCGCCGCACGAAAACCAUCACCACCCCAUUCCAGUGGUUCCUCUGCUUCCCACUCGGAACGCGCCCUUCGGGUCGCGUAUUCUUCUGGUCCUACGUGUUUUACCUCUCCCGUUUCCUUCACCUCUUCCGAACAUUCUUCACCGUCCUCCUCCACCGUAAAUUAACAUUCUUUCACCUCUUUAACCAAUCAAUCCUUCUAUGCAUGUCUUUCCUAUGGCUCGAGUUCUCUCAAUCAUUUCAAGUCCUAGCUAUUUUGUUAGCCACUUUAUUAUACUCCGUAGUGUAUGGGUAUCGCUUCUGGACGGCGAUUGGGCUGCCAAGCGCCUGCUUCCCGUUCGUGGUGAAUUGUCAGGUGGUGCUUUUGGGGUGUAACUUGGUCUGCCAUUUUGGGGUUCUUUCACUGCAUUUUCUGAAAGGUGGGUGCAAUGGCAUGGGAGCUUGGGGUUUCAACUCUGUACUCAACGGCCUGAUUCUUUGGCUGUUCCUCAAUUUCUAUGUUAAGAGGCAUUUGAGAAAGAGAAAUAUCAAUGAUAUUAGUGGACAUGGUGGUUCUCCUUCUUCUUCAGCUCGUUCCUGUGGUAGCUUAGAGUCGGAAAUAAAGAACUUCGUUCAAAGAUGAUCAGAAAACGACUGGGGGAAGAAUUCUACUUUAGAACUAAUUAGAAUUUAAGGGAUAUGAAGUUUCUUAC